ACAUUCUGUCCUGUUUUCAAAAUUGGCCUCUCUUUGUUGACCUUUGAACCCUGAACAAAACAGAAGACACCAAACCAUACAAUAAUAUAAACAAAGACGCUCUCUCUACUACACCAACCGUGACCUCUUUUGGAGCUUUACAUAAGCCAUACAAAACGCGAAACAUCUCUUAUCUUUAGGUUUACUUUCCUCCUCUUCUUCUUCUUCUUUUUCUCCCAUUUCGAACCAAGGCUCAAGAUUCACUUGCAAAAAUGGGCAACGCCAUUGGAGCCAAGAAGAGCAGAACGGCCAAGGUGAUGAAGAUAUCCGGCGAGACCACCAAGCUGAGGACGCCGGUGCUGGCGGGGGACGUCCUCGGGGACUACCCGGGCCACGUCCUGCUGGAGUCCGAGGCCGUGAAGCACUUCGGCGUCCGGGCGACGCCGCUGGAUGCCCGCCAGAACCUGGAGCCCAAGCGGCUGUACUUCCUGGUGGAGCUGCCCGAGAGCUCUCGGGACAGGAUGCCGAGGAGGGUGCGGUCGGGCAUCACCAUGAGCGCCAGGGACCGGCUCGAGGGCCUAAUGCUGGCGCGGAGGUCGGUGUCGGACCUGUCGAUCGUGAACCCGGCGAGCAUCGGGGCGGCGAAGGACGCCAAAGGCGGCGGCGAGGGCGGGAGUAAGAGGCUGACGAUGAGGCUUCCGAAGGGAGAGGUGGAGAGGCUGAUGAAGGAGAGCAGGGACGAAGGCGAGGCGGCCGAGAAGAUCAUGAAUCUCUACAUUACGAACGGGUGUAAAGUCGAUGGCGGAUUGGGAAGCAAAGCGCGAGGCGGUGAUGAGAACGGGUCGUUCGACGGACGUGGUCCUUGGAAAGUCGCGAGCCACGGAAGAGGAGCCGGUGAAAGUAUCAAAACUCGCGAGAAACGGGUGAGCUUCCUACCGGUGCUCGGAGGAGAUAAGCACAUGGUUGUGGCUUCUUGAUCUUGAUUAAAGGGGCAAUUAGCAGUGCUCAAAGCCACUUUAGCUUAUGUCCUUUUUUCUUUUUAGGUUAGUCAGGUUUACUGGCGACAAAGCUGUCAGCUGUCUAAGACAUAUGGUGCUCCGCUCUCUCAUAAUGAUGUACCCAAAAAAGAAGAAUAAUAAUACGAAGUAGUUGUAAUUACUUUUGACUAUCUACUUGCCUGCAUAUUCGAGACAAAA